UAGACACAACCAUUGCCAUGGGAUCUCUCUUAAACGUGACUUUUGUGAGACUUGUUCUUCUUUUAGGAACUCUUUGUCUUAGCCAAGGACUGAAACACAACAAUAGAAAUGUAACGUCAGCACGCCAAGGAAAACUGUUUUCAUUAUUCAACAUAGUUUCGUUCGACAAUGGACCUUGCCAAAGCUCUAGUUCUGUUGGCAGCGGAACCAAUGGUAAUAGAAACGGCACUUGCUACACGGCUAAUGAAUGCAUCCAGAGGGGUGGAAGUUCCUCAGGAAAUUGUGCGGCAGGAUUUGGAGUAUGCUGCGUGUUUUAUUUAUCAUCGGGUGGUACCACGGCUCAGAAUUGUACUUAUCUUCGAAAUGACAAUUUCCCAUCCGGGUUAUCUACAACUAAUGGCCAAAGUUUCACCAUCAAUAAGUGCUCCUGUGAUGUCUGUUAUUUAAGAUUGGAUUUUUUGACAUUCUCAAUCCAGGGGAUGGCUUUAACUGAUGAAAUCAUGGGAAGUGCAUGUGUGGAUUCCCUCAAAGUAACGUCGAGCUCCAAUGAACCCAUUCCAGAAAUAUGUGGACAAAAUUCAGGGCAACACAUUUACGUGGAUAUGGAUCGAGGAUGUUCAGGCAAUGCCAAAUUGGAUUUCUCCUUCACUGGCGAGGCUUCGACUCGGAUUUUCGAGAUCAAAGCCACACAAAUCGAAUGUGGCUCUCGAUCAACACCCCCGGAUGGUUGUCUACAAUAUCACACUAAUUUGGACGGCCGAUUUACGACUUUUAAUUACGCCCCCAUGGAUAACCUUCAUCUCGAGGAUCAGGAUUACUCCAUUUGCAUUCGCCAAGAGUUGGGAUAUUGUUGUGUGCAAUAUAGCGUAUGCCCUGACGACGAAGCUUUGGGAUUUUCUUUGAGUAAAGGUGUUAUAGCGGACAAUGCAUACACUGACAGCGAGUGUGCUACUCUCGAUUUCGUUGGGAUUGAAGGGUCGUCUUCUGCUUGCCGUCAAUCUGGAGUUCCCAGUACCGUGUUUUCAAGAUAUUGCGGCCAAAAGCUCAAUGAUUACACCACAGCCGCCCUGCACACUCCAAUUUGCGAUUGCUCCCCCCCUUUCCAAGUGCGGAUUUUUACGAACAAGAUAUCUGAUAUCGAAGAUGAUGAAACAAAUACUAAAAUAAGUCGAGGUGUUUGUUUUGAGUAUACUCAAAUUCCGUGUAACUAAAAGGAUCCCUCAACAACGCCUUCAUCGAUUUGGAAUUGAGGUCCAAGUUUUGGAAGAUAUUGUGACAUAUCAUCUGAAUACUGAUGAAUGAAUUUGCUUUAUGUUUUGAUUACAAUGUGUCUAUUUUUCAAGCUCAAGAGAACUAAAAAAUGUCGCCCAUAAAGAGUUCAUGUAACCCACAAGAUAUUGGUAGCAUUAUCAUUUACAGCUCUAAAACCAAAACAGCGCGAAUUAAAUUUGUCGACGUUGCUCGGAGUUCCAUGCACAAUCGAGUACAUCAUCCUGAUAUGAUAUGGAUAAAUGAUGUACAGGAUGAACGAUAGUUCACGGAACGGUGUUUAUCAAAGUGUCUAGAGAAAGUGUAUAUCAAGGUCUUGUGAAAACUACAAAAUUGAUGGA